CUGAAUGACUCCGCCUGCUUGGAGUGUUUCGAGCGGCCGGCAAAGGCAAGUGGCAAGUCGGGUUCAAAUUUAAAUUUUCAUAUGUUUCAGUGCUGGCACGAUAAUCGUGGCGGACGGCGGUGUGUUUCCUUGUGCGCUUUCUGCCUAGUUGCGGCAGAGGAAAGUUGUGGCAGAAGUCAAGAAAAAGUGUGUGAAAUUUCAUUGAUUGCCAAAUCUAUCGAGGCGAGUGGGAUUGCUGCAAAAUAUUUCAUGAUAGUUACACUUAGUUCAAUGUACUUCAACCGGAAGGGUAGAUAGUAUUAGCUCUACUACCGUUCAGAACCCUAAUUGACACGAUGGCGACCAAGACGAAUGGCGUCGAAGAGGCGAUCGCGUUAGAAGCGAUAGCUGCCCCCAGAGUGGGUUGCUGCAGGCGGAUAUCCAAGUUUAUCACCGUAUACUGGCGGGCGUUGCUGGUUGUUCUUGCUCCAAUCAUCGCGGCAGGAGUUUUCUUCAUUGAUACGUCACCUGCCUACCGAUGUAUGUACGUAGUGUUGAUCAUGUCGAUGUACUGGGUGACGGAAGCUUUGCCUCUGCCAAUUACGUCAAUGUUGCCGAUCGUACUAUUUCCGGUUCUCGGGGUGUUGAGCACCGACCGGACUACCAUGAUGUACAUGAAGGAAACCAUGCUGAUGUUUAUCGGUGGUAUCAUCAUUGCCCUAGCGGUCGAGUACUGCAAUCUACACAAAAGGGUGGCGCUGAAAGUUAUAUCGAUCAUUGGAUGCAGUCAGAGAAGAUUGAAUUUCGGUCUGAUCGCAGUUACGAUGUUCAUCUCGAUGUGGAUCUCGAACACGGCUGCGGUUGCAAUGAUGUGUCCGAUUAUGCAGGCUGUGCUGGAAGAGCUGGAAUCGCAAGGGCUGUGUGAAAUGUAUGUUCGACCAAAGAAGUCCAGUGAGGAGGAAGGAAUGCUUGGCAAAGAUAAAAAGGAGUCAGAUGAACCUCUGAAACCUUCCAAGAUAACAACCUGCUACUUCGUCGGAGCUGCUUAUGCGUCAUCUCUUGGUGGUUGCGGUACGAUCGUUGGAUCAGGAACCAAUUUGACCUUCAAAGGCAUCUACGAAAGUCGUUUUCCUAACGCUCCUGGCAUUGAUUUUCCUAGAUACAUGUUCUACAACGUUCCCGGUAUGCUGAUUUACACGUAUCUCACCUGGGUAUAUCUGCAGUGGGUUUUCAUGGGAAUGUUCAGACCAAACAGCCCUGAAGCCAAAGCAGCUGAGAUUGGCAAAGAAGGCGAAGCUGUGGCUCGUCGUGUAAUUGAGACCCGUUAUAAUGAACUUGGUCCAAUGUCGUCCCACGAGAAGAGUGUCGCAUUUCUGUUCGUGCUUUCUGUAGUAUUGUUCUUCCUGCGAGAGCCUGGAUUUAUUACGGGAUGGGCCGAUCUACUGCCAGGCGUGAAAAUCAAGGACGCCACUCCGGCUAUAUUCGUCGUCAUGAUGCUAUUCGUAGUUCCUGCAAACUGGCGUUGUUUGAAAUUUUUCAGAAGGAAUCCUGGUCGCCUCCCAAGUGAACCCACCCCUGCUCUAAUUACCUGGAAAUUCAUUCACCAGAAAGUACCAUGGAGUCUUAUCUUCCUGCUGGGUGGUGGUUUUGCGCUGGCUGAAGGUGGUCGUGUUUCCGGAAUGUCUGCGCUGCUGGGCCAAUCGCUAUCCGGAUUGAAAACGCUGCCACCGCUAGUACUGCUGUUCGUAGUAUGCCUCACCGCUUCAACACUGACUGAGUUCACCUCCAAUGUGGCAAUUUGUAAUAUCAUGCUGCCGGUGUUGGCAGAAAUGGCUAUCGCGAUCGAGAUUCACCCGCUGUAUCUGAUGCUGCCGGCGCAAUUAUGUUGCAGUUUCGCCUUCCAUAUGCCCGUGGGAACCCCGCCGAAUGCCAUCGUAGCCGGAGUGGGCAACAUUCAAACCAAGGAUAUGGCCAUUGCUGGUAUUGGGCCAUCGAUCUUCACACUGUUUGUGGUUUGGGCCAGCUUUCCGACCUGGGGAGCUGUUGUGUAUCCAGAACUAACCAGCUUCCCGGAUUGGGCACGACCAACAAACAUGACGAUACACUAGACGAAUAUUUUAAAGGUGGCUUUUCGGAGACUUAAACGUUGAGUAGGAACCAAAAUUUGUGCCAAAACGUCUGGUUUUAAGUGCGCAGUGUGCGGGUGCGCAAGCUUUCAGGAUAGGUUUAAUAGAAGGGUUAUUAGAGAAAGGGCAAAUGUUAAAACAUUUUGCAUUUCACACGAUAAAAAGCCCUCAUUUUUCGCAGAUAAGCAAUAAAGAAGAAUGGUUUAAGUUUUCAAUAAAGGAUGUUAGAAGACCUGAAGUUGAAUAUGUGGCUGUGGCAAAUGAAUCCAUUCAAACGAUAUUCAGUGGAAAUUAAUUCUACCUAGGUAAAUAUGCAUAUCUAAUCCACUGAUUUUUUUCUAAUGUUUCAGCCAACGAUGGUAUUAAAAUUAGAAAGAAAAGCAUUUAACUUGAAUGUUGGUGUUGGUUGAGUUUUGUUUCUGAAAUUACAAGUUCAGUCUAUUUACUAUUGAUGAUUAUAAUUUUGACCAUUCGCAAUUCUGCGUGCGAAAUAGAGCAGUCUUCCAAUAGCAAAAAUCAGUACUAAGAGCUCAUAGAUUUUAACAAGAACAAUUACAGAUAAAACGAAACAACACGAUUAGUUGAAACGAAGUACAUUAAGAAUAGCACAGAUUUUGUAAUUUGUUUUAGUGCAUCAAUCUGGAUGACAUAUGUUGGUAGGACAAUAUUUGACAGAGAUUUAAUUUAAUUAAAUAAAAUACAAAAAUUA